UUGCUGGCUUGAAAACAUCAUAUCGUCAACAACGACCAACAACGACAAAUAAGCUGCAUCAACAGUGAUUGAUCACUUGAAUGAAAUAAACUCUUUCUCUCGCUCAUUCUCUCUCUCUCUCUUUUUAUUUAAUCAAUUUUAAAUUGUCGAAUAAAAAUGGCCGAAUCCAGUAAAACAUCACGUGUACGAAUGAAUUUUCACAAAGAAUGUGAAGAUGGCAUUAAUAAACAAAUCAAUAUGGAAUUGUAUGCAUCCUAUGUAUAUCAACAGAUGGCCUAUCAUUUUAAUCGUGAUGAUGUUGCAUUGCCUGGUUUUGAAAAAUUUUUCGAUGAAUCAUCCAAAGAAGAACGUGAACACGCUGAACGUUUUAUGAAAUUACAGAAUCAACGUGGUGGACGUAUUGUAUUGGAUGAUAUUCAUAAACCGCAACAACAAGAUUGGUCAUCAGGAUUGGAAGCAAUGCGUGCUGCAUUGGAAUUGGAAAAAACAGUCAAUCAGGCAUUGUUGGAUUUACAUGCCGUUGCCACCAAACACAAUGAUGCACAAUUUGCUGAUUUUAUUGAAACACAUUAUCUAACUGAACAAGUGGAAGCCAUCAAGAAAUUGGCUGAUUAUAUUACCAAUUUGGAACGUUGUGGCCCAGGACUUGGUGAAUAUCUUUUUGAUCGUCAUACAUUGCAUUCAUCGUAAUGUGUAAUUGACAAUCGAUUGAUUCGAUUCGAUACACAAUAAACACCAAUUUGUUAAUGAUUU